ACACAACCCACAUAGACAUUGGCAUCAAGCCCAUCCAUCACCGCAUCACUUCAGACCACAGCUUCGCUUCCCCACAACCCACCCCUCACCCAUGUCCAGUCCCGAUCAGGGGCCGUCUUCCUCGGGAGCAGCAGGCAGCGGCGACGCCUCCGCCCCCACAUCCCUUCCCUCCCUUCCCUCCAAGCGUCCCCUCUCGCCAGGCAGCAGCACUGAGGACUCUCGCACGCCGCGCACACACACACCUGCUACUGCUGCUGCCGGCCCGUCGACCUCGCCCACGCCCGACGACGACGCGGACGAGCAGGUGGAGGACGCGCUCGACGCCAGCGCCGGCGCGCAGCCCGUCACCACGGAAGAGUGGUACGAGCUGCAGUUCAAGUGGUCGGGCAAGAGCUUUGACCUGCGCGUGAGCUCGAGCGACCUAGUGUACGACCUGCGUACCCAGAUCGAGACGCUCACGUCCGUGCCGCCCGACGCGCAGAAGAUCCUCGGCCUCGUGCGCGGCAAGCUCGGAGGCGAUGUUGACGGCGUGCGGAUAGGCACGCUUGGCGUCAAGCCCAACGCCAAGUUCACGCUCGUCGGUACUCCAGAACACCUGCGCUUCAAGGAGCGCGAGGGCCCGCCCCCGCCAGACGAGUUCGAUAUCGCCUACUCGUCCGCGCGUCCCUCUGGUGCGCGCAAGCUCAUUCCCCCUGCGGACGACCCAAGGAAUAAGCGUCAGGUCGAGAAGAUCAUCAUCAAGUAUCCAAUCACGGUUAUGAAUGAACCGCGCGAGGGCAAGGGGCUUCUAGUGCUCGACUUGGACUAUACGAUGGUCGACUCGCGUCCGCUUCUAGACGGGGCACUACCACCACUGGAGUGUGCGCGUCCCGGGCUGCAUGAGUUCCUGGAGCGCGUCUACCCAUUCUACGAUAUCGUGGUCUGGAGCCAGACGAGCUGGAUGUGGCUCGAGAGCAAGCUCGUCGAGCUCGGCGUGCUUGGCGGCGAGGGACGUUACAAGAUUUGCUUCGUGGCGGAUCGGACGACCAUGUUUCCAAUCUUCAGCGAACGUGGCGGCAAGUUGAUCAAGCAUGAAGUUAAACCACUGGCGUAUUUUUGGGCCACGUUCCCGCAGUGGUCACCCAAGAACACCAUCCACAUUGACGACCUUGCGCGCAACUUUGCCCUCAACCCCAGUGAGGGACUCAAGAUUCGUGCAUACAAGGGAGCCGGGACUCCGGAUGGGCUGCGCGACCGAGAACUGGACAAGCUCGGUGCAUACCUGACGGAAAUUGCCGAGCACGUGAAUGAUUUCACCACGCUUGACCAUUCGCGUUGGAAGAAGAGGCAAGCCACUGCCCGUCCGCUGGGUGGUGAGAGUGGAGCUGUGGGGGGUGGCCCGUCGGAUGGAACGGCUGGAGGCAACAGUGGCUAGAGGCAACAGUGGCUAGAGGCAAGCUACCCGACCCUUGAUCCGUCAUGUCUACCAUCCCUGUCGGAUGUUCCAUUCCCCUUCACACUUGUGACUUGUCACAUCACGUAAACCCUAUGGGUUAGACUGGCGUCGCGCGUGCCAUGAGCGCGGAGUCUACAGAGAUGUACAAACCCAGUGUUCUAG